GCCCUCCUCCGAGUUUUUCUGGCCCAUCGCAAACACCGAUCACUUCUACACCUAUCCUUCAAGGUGUGGGAACGACGACAGAGAUUCCCAGAGUAGAUGUCGGCUCCAGCCGGGCCCAGGAAGCUCGCGCAGCAGCUGCGACGGCGAUGCCACCGCCGCCGCCACAAAAACCAGUGAUGGUACAACCAAGAGGGGUGAUGGAGCAAGGAGGAGUGGCGACACAAGGAGGAGCACCACAACAAGCCGUCAUACAAGCUCCUGGACAACAGAUGGUGACGAUGACCAGGGAGGAGAUGCAAAGGAUAGCGGCAGCCGCGGCGGCGCAAGCGGUGCAGCAAGUCACUAGCCAUACAUCUAACGCCACCACCGCGCCGACUACGGCAGUAGGAGUCCAAGAUGAGGACGUGUCCAGUUAUGGAGAUGAAGGAGGUGGAAGAGAUCGUGCGAUGGAGAGGAUGGCGGAGCAGUU